GAAGAAACUCGAGACGUAGUGAGUCGAACUCGGUACCGCCUCUCUGACCCAAAUCAGCCCUGCAUACUGGCACUUUCACCGAACCACAACGAGAAGGCUGAAAUGCAGUUGGUGGGUGUUUACUUAACUUCUGCUGCCAAGUCCGAUGCUUAGUUUCCUAUGGGGGUGAUUACUACUAUGGACCCAGAUUCGUCCCGGCAACAUCAGGCCCCGUCCCUACAGCAGGGCAGAUUGAGUAAAAGUGGACAUGCCCUACUAGGGGCUGGCCUUGGGGCGGGGCCUGGGCCUCGAGGAAAGCACUAUGUGUGCGGCUCGUUGGCUGCUUUCACCAACAUCAUUGUAACAUUUCCCAUUCAGAAAGUUCUCUUUCGCCAGCAGUUGCACGGAGUUCGCGUGACCGAAGCCGUCCAUCAGCUCCAAAGGGAGGGGUUACGAAACUUGUACCGUGGGCUUCUGCCUCCCCUUUUACAGAAAAGCACCACAGUGGCCAUCAUGUUCGGCCUUUACGAGGAUUUUUCCAGAUUGCUGUUGCGACAUGCUCGCAGUAGUGGCUCGCCCGAGCUUGUUACACGGAGCGUCGCUGCCGCACUGGCUGGUAUGGCGGAAGCCGCACUCACACCUUUCGAACGAGUGCAAACGCUCCUUCAGGACCACCGCCAUAACGGCCGUUUCCAUAACACCGCCCACACCUUCCGGACACUUCUGCAAGACUAUGGUGUUAAGGAGUGCUACCGUGGGCUGGUCCCAAUUUUGAUGCGUAAUGGGCCCAGUAAUGUUAUGUUUUUUGGACUUCGUGGGCCAAUUAAGCAACAGCUGCCCGAGGCUCGAACCCGGAUGGGUCACAUGGUCAAUGACUUUGUUUGUGGCGGGCUACUGGGGGCAGCACUGGGCAUCAUGUUCUACCCACUUAACGUAGUUAAAUCUCGAGCCCAGGCACAGGUAGGGGGCGAGUUUGUGUCCUGUGGUCAGGUGCUGAUGACUGUGUGGCGGGAAAGAGGGGGCAGUAUCAUUCUGUUGUUCCGCGGAGCCACGCUCAACUACCACCGAUCUCUGCUGUCAUGGGGCAUCAUCAAUGCAACUUAUGAGCUCUUUCUGAAAGUUUUCUGAGGGAGAGGAGGGGCAAUAGUGCAAUUAAGUGUUCGAUUUUGACAAGCCGGCACUGUUUAAAGAGGUAUGGACACUGCCAGUUCCCCUUGUGCACUUAAAGAGCAACAUGCAGGCUGGACACCCCUAUAUAGCAUAGUGUAUGUUGAUGAUAAAACAACUAGAUUUUCUGAACUGGAGUAAUCUAUAUUUAGCCAUUAACGAUAUUUUGAGAUAAAUUGUGAUAAAAUAACUUCCGCGUCUAUAAAGCACUAACCGGAAGUGACGAUGGGCUGAGGAGUCUGGUCAAGUUCAAGCUCAGGUUACAAUGGAUGCGAAUGAAGAAACCGAGUUCUCCGGUGUGGCCGAACAUGCCUAUGAUGGCCCACAGGCCUAUAAUUAUGAGCAAAUUAAGAGUUAAAAUAAUUAAAAGUAAGAUUUACUCUGCUAAGUCCUCGUUUUCGUUGCACAGAAUGUCUGCUAACGUUAGCACUUUGUCCUCCAGUCCAGCCCGUGCCAAAAUCCGGUGUAAACUUUGACGGUGGACUUGAUUCCAUCGAGUGCACCGAGGGAAAAGCAUCAGUAAUCAGCCUCACGUGGUCCUUACUCCGAAAUCCCAUCUGAGACUCCAACAAAUCUCCAGGUCGAUAAUUCUCCGGAGUGAAAUGUGCGCCACAAACGACCGAGUGUGUGGUAACAGACGCGGCAGUGAAGUCUGCUCUCUUCACCUGCACAAAACGCACCCAAGACCGAAAAGCCUUGUUUUUUCUAGAAGGAAAAUGAUGGACACGAUGUCCUGACAGGCUGGAAUUCGUGCAACCAGCACAAACACAAUAAUUUACCAUUAUGGCUUCUCUAAAACUUUCUGUCUCUCACUACUGCUCUAACUACAUCAACACCCACA